AUGGCGGAACAAACCCCCAAUGUCCGAGCGGAGGUAGAUCUGAUGAUAUUGGACUACCUCGUCUGCCUGGCCAUCAGCAGACUUCUUGCCAUGGUUGGAAAUCCCGAUAUCUGCGCAGAUGUGGAAUGGCUCGUGGAAUCGGUUGAAACCUUCCGCUGGAUUAUCGAGGGCCACCAAUUCGAACCUGCCCUUCCCUGGGAUCUCGACCUCAAACUGCGGAUCUUCCAUAUCGUCAAUCUCUACUGCCGCUACGAGGCUCCCAGGGAUCGUCGCCCCCUCCCAAAUUUCACGCCCCUGUCCCACAUUGCAGUUGAAUUUAUGCAAUUUUGCCAUUCCUCAAUCGAGAAUGUAUCCAAGAAACGCUGGUUUGACCUCGGUGCCCAUCUUAUGGCGCAUGCGAUCUUGGAAGAAAAGGACCGCUUCCCGGAGCAUCUCCGCAGGCUUUGUUCAUGGACAACCAACGAUGACGAGCUAAACGCGUACUGGGAGGUCAGCCGUGGAAUGUUUCUCGAGCAUAUGCCACCCCCCUACGGCACCGCAGCCCCAGCAAGCCGAGAAGAGCUAGACCGGAUUUUCGACGUCCAAUUGCUGCACAACCGUUUGACUGGGUUCUUCGAGGAUCUCAUGGACGUCCUGGAUGUGCCCCUACUUGUACAAGUAGAGCAGGGCCAGCUGAUCGGGUUGACCCAUGAGGAAACACAGCGGGUGAUUGAAUAUUGCCAGUCCUGA